AUGAGUAUUUUGAGGUUCCCUGGACAAAUUUUGGGUGUUGUUAGGGGUCACUCCACUUUUUUGACUCUUGGGGGAGGAGAUGGAUCUGCUUCCCCACUAAAAUUGAGAGCUAAAGGUAAAGACAUUUCAUCAGUUUUGCCACCCAGGACCUUUAAACCUGUACUCUCCGAGAAGAAACUCUUCUUGCCAAAAGUCCGUGAUCUAGCAAAUUGUAAUGGCCCCCUGCCAGCUUGUGAUGUUGCUAUAUGCAGUGGGUUCAAGCUUCCAUCACGUUGGGUCAUUCAUGUAAAUGGACCAACCUUAGGAGAUGUGGAUGCAUUUGAUAAGUUAGAACGAUGUGUCAAGAACUGUUUAGUUCUUGCAGACAAACAAAACUUGAAAUCUUUGGCUCUGCCUUCCAUUGGUAGUGGCAAAGCUGGAUUCCCGAAGCAACAAGCAGCACAAACCAUAAUCAAGUCCAUCUGCAGCUACUUUGUUAAUGUCAUGUCAUCUUCACUGAAACAGAUUUAUUUCGUCCUCUAUGACAUGGAAAGCAUCGGGGCAUAUACUGCAGAACUGGCAAAGUUGGACUCUUAAAGACAGUCUGGCAUUUGAUAUAUGGAUCUCCAAACAGCCUCAAAAGUUAGAGUACAAGUUAAUUCUCCUGAUCACUGAGGCAACACAUAUUGGGAAGGAACGCUCAAUCCAGCCUUGGCAUAAUAUCCACACUGUCGUUACAGCCAUACUGCGCAUUUCUCUCCACUUGAAUGAUCCCUCAUUUAUUUCCGUACCAAUGUGGAUAAGUCAGAAUAGUUUAAGCAAAGAUUUUAUCUUGUUUGUUGGAGGAUUGGAGAUUGUUGAUGCAUUGCAGACUUGACAGUUCAUUUGUAGUAGCCAUGUAAUAGUUGCUUAUUGAACAGUUUGACAGCAAGGAACCUCAUAAAGAAAAGAGGCCAAAGUUUAAAAUUUAUUAAGUUACCUACGUUAAGAUUGGUAAAAUUACUCACUGAAAUAAGUACUUACAUAAUUUUAUUAGAGGAGAUUUAUUUCAUAUUUUGUUUCUCAGCCAAAGGGCUCUGUCUAUUGUCUGUUGAUAUGUGAUUGGCUUCUGUGGUGCUUUAAUAGCAAGUGAUACAUUUAUUUGUUAUGUACAUGUGUUUAAUGUGUGAAGACAUGUCAACAUGGACUUCACCAUAACAUUUGUGUAAACAUACCUAGAGCUUUAUGUUAGCCUAUGAAAAUCAUUAUAUUUAUUUUGUUUUUUAUUGAUUUUUUUCUGUUAUUGACUCAGAGCGAUUAAGCUUAAGUGUAAUAUAGUGGAAAAUGAGACUAGUCGUGAUUGAAUUAUAUAAGAAAACAUUGAUUUUGUUUUGUAAAUAAAGAUAUUUUAUUUAAGAGUGCCAAGCAGCUUUUCCAUGGGUAUCAUUGACAAGUGAAUUUUCCAGUCAGUGAACUUGGCAGUGAGGAGAAUUUGAAAGAAGUUUGAUUUGAGGAAAUGGGAGAUUGUGAAAUAUAUUUGUGUUUCACAGAAUGCAGAUAUAAAGUGAGACUCCAGUUUGCAUCAAACAUUGCUGGGGUAACUAUAGUGAACUAGUGAUUCCCCAGUGUGAUGCCAUUCAUUAGUCAUGGUGUCAAAUAGUCACAGUCCUUGUUGGAAGUGGCAGGAUUGACUUUUUUAUUAAGUACAUUUUUCACCUAUGAUCAUAUAUAUAGUUUCUGGUCCUGUGGUGCAAAUGAACACUGCUAGCCAUCUUGCAACUUCCUGAUGAGAGAACACACAAUUACUAGUAUAGAAUAAGAUUGAUGAAGUGGUUUAACCCUUGCCUCUGUUUCCUUUGUGUUGGCUGUAUUUACCUCUAGUUUUUAUUAUUUGUUUCUAAUGAUCACCAUGGAUCAAAGGAAAAUUAAAUGUUAAAAGAAUUCAUUUUACAUGUCAGAUGUUUUUCAUAAGCACUGGAGUGGAAAUUAGUGCAUUAAUGCAGCAUAGUGCUUCAUGCUUAGAUUGGUUUGGAAACACAACAGGUUUGUCUGAUGAUAAUCAAGUGACUAUAUAUAGAUGUGUAUAAAUGCUAAGUCAUAUGUGAUAAUACAAAUAAAAGAUUGCUUGAAUAUACAUAAUGGAGGCUGGAUUAAGGAGAAUAAGUUUGUCAAAAGUUUAUAGUCCUGAUCAUAGAUCCUGAACAAGCAUUGCUUUCUUAAGAGACUUGGCUUUAUCAGAAUUGCAUAUAAUGCAGCAAAUGGCUGUGAACUUAAACUUUCAUUUUAUAGGUUACGUUGUAGUAGAAAGAGUCCAUUUUUAUCUCAGUGUUGAAUAUGAAAGAUGCAAUUUGUCACACAAUAUAAGGGAGGAAAAUAAGCACAUUUGGUUAAUUGCAUAAGAAAUACCAAUGAUUAAUGAAGAUCAGAACAGGCUCUGUGCAGGUGGUUGAAAGAAGGAUCUUGCAUCAUUGUAGUUUUCAGUUGAGAGUUAGGAUUUGAGUGUAGACUUUGUGCCCACUUAUGGGUAGAACUUCUUAAAGUUAUCUUUUAUCAAAAAUGCAAAGAGAAGUAGCUGGCUGCAGCAUAUCAAAGAAUUUAGUCAGUAAUGACAUUUAUUUACCUCAGUAAGUGCAGAGGUGGUUGGAUUAAGCAUAGUUAGGAAGGUUUUGAUAAAUACUUUAGAUUUCUUUGUUAUUCUUCUCCAUAUUUUUAUGUAAUUUGUUAUUGUUAUUGUUUUUCUACUUGUAUUUGGAGUCUUGUAUCCAGUGAUUAUUUAGAUUACUUUGUGUCAAAAAGAGGCGCAAGAUGUGUGAUGUUAAUUUAAGUGAUGUUUGUUACAUUUCAUGUAUUUAUGUGUAUUUAAGACAAACCAUUUAAAAGAAAAUUUAGUAAUGUCCAUGGUCUUGCUAAGGCAAUUCUUAGAUAACUAUGGUUUAAUUGGUAAGUUAAAACUAUUCUUGUCAAAUGUUAAUCUUCCUAAGUAAAAGGGCAUUAUGUGGGUUAUGCUUGACUGACAAACUUAGCCUGCAUUUGUGAUUGUGUAUUGUGAUGGCCAAAGAGUGUAAAGGAAAAAAAUGAUAGAUGGAAAUGUAAGAUUAUUUAUUCUAUGAAAAUAAAAGUAUUUGAUUAUUACAUCAUAAAUUUUGUUAUUAUUUUAUAGUUAGUUUAUAUAUUUUGUCAUUGUAGUGGGAAUCAAAAAUCAGUAUAACAGACUUAUCUUGAAUGGUGUGGCAAGUAUAUAAAUAAGUGAUUAAGGGCUCAGGGAUUUUCUUUUUACAAUCCCUCUUUAAAGAACUGAUAAGGAGAACAGGGUUGGAAUAAUCAGGACUGAUUAUUUGUUUUGAGUAUCAAAUUUUAAAAUUGAAUUGCUGGUUUCUCAUUUGGUGGUUUGCUGAUGUAAAGAGUAAAUUUAAUUCACAAGCAAGUUGCAUGUGUAUGUUUGUGUUAAUGUAAGUUUGUACAGUCAUAAAUGGCAACAGCAUUAGGUUGGAAUUGAUAGAAACAUCCCAUUAGAUAAUAUCCUUAUGUGUGGUUAAUGUGCACUUACACUUAUGAACUCUGUCUUUUUUGUAUCUGAUUGCAUCAUUUUGACAAAUGCAUUAUUAAAAAAAAAAAAAAAAAAAAAAAAAAAAAAAAAAAAAAAAAUUGGUUUUAUAACUAUAUUUAAUGCCUUCUACUGAGCAUUAUGUUAUUCCAGUGCUCUUUUCAAAGCCAUAAGCUUAAAUUUUAUGUUUAAAGAUAUAAAUUGUUGAAUUAAGUUUUUCUUGUUCCAUUUAUCAUAUUGGCAAGCAUGUUUGAAAUUUCUAGUUAAGAAAAUAUUCAAAGCAGUUGAACCACCAACAAUUAUAGUGAAAGAACGAGGGCUGAAUCAAACUCCCUCAUAAAGAUAAAUAUAAAAUAAAAAAUAAUGGGCAGUUCCCCAGGAUGGCCCUAACCAGAGCCACUAAUGGAGUGCUUGCUAAGCCUUACACCAAUUAACAAAUUGAGUUCAUGUAAUAGUGUUUGGAUUAUGAAGGUACAUUUUAGGUUAUAAAUAUUGAACAGAUUGGUCUUUUUGUUCUUACCUCUUUCAGAAUUUCUAUUUGCUCUUGAAGCCAUACAAUUUGAGAACUUAUUCAGAGCCAGGCAUUUAAGACAGAAGUUCACUCAGUUUUUCUUUAAUUCUUUUCAUUUGUUCCUGACUUGUUCUCUGCAAUUUAAAGUUAGGUAUCUGGGCAGCACGGGCAGAUUCACAAGCCAGCCAAAAUAGAAGUAGGUAAUUCAUGUAUUGUUUCUAAAUUUCAUUCAACCCUGUUCAAAAUCUCUUGCAGCUCCAUCAGUAUGUUGCCACCUACUCAGAGUCAUUAGUUGUAAAAUGUACAGAAGUAAAAAGUUAAUUGUAUUUUGAGUGAAUUAAGUGAUGUGACUGUUUUUAUUUAGUUUUAUUUAUUUAUUAUUGUUUUUUUUUUUUUUUUUUUAGGGGGGGAGGGGGGUUAGGUUUUUCACAAGUGUUAAGAUGUGCACAAACAGUCACAAAUGUCACCAAAGUAUUUUAGAAGAAAACAGUGUGAUGCAAACGUUUAUAGUGGCAGCAAAGAAGGAUGUGUGUGUGCUAAGGAGACAGAUGAUAUUUCUUGUAUUAUGUACCUAUAAUGUACAUAACUUCUUACGCUGUUUGAAACCCUAUAGAACUAGAAGGUUUAGACAAUGAUUCAUGAAGUUCAUUAUGAAAGAUAGUUUUGUUUUUCCAUAUACUGUAGAUUAGAAAACUUCUGUCACAUGUUUGUUUUUAUUUUUCUGAUAUUUUGUGAGACCUUGGUUAGUGCUUCAUAAGUAUGUGUAUGAGAAUAUGAAAUAAUGUAUAUGUGAACUUCAAAUUUCAGGAGAUAUAUAAAUGAAAUUUUUAACAUUCAUGUAAUAAACAAAGAGUUGGAUAAUAUUGUUUCUGUGCCAUGCUGUGCUUUCUGAUUAUUAACCAAAUUUAAGGACAUGCAAGAGUUUAACAACUUUAUCACAUAUGAUGUGUAAUAGUGGAAAUUAAUAUUUUUAGGCCUCAGAGUCUUGUAAUAAAAAGUGUUUUUGA